UUCCUUGUUUCAACGGGCGAGGUCUUUUCGAAACCAUAGCUCGCUUUGUUUCCCAGGGAGGUAUAUUUGGGCUUGGAUUUUUGGCUCCCUUUUUAUGACAUUCACUUUCAUUCCCGCCACUUAUCCCCAGGCAGAGGUACUUCACUAUUGGAAAUUUGCUAUCUUUUCUCGAUUUUGUUGUUUAUUGCUCGCCAAAUCCAGCUCGCUUUCUUCUCAUUUCCACCUCUGUAUUCGAUCGAGUCUUUACGGUUUUCUCGACCUCGAGCAAGUUUGGUUGGUGAUUUGUUCCCUGCCCAUAUGGACCCCGGUGUUUGUUUGUUUUCGGUGAGAACCCACGGAUUCAGUGCUUCAAGCCAGGGGGAUUAUUGGCGUUUUCUUCUGUAGGUUUUGAUCUGAUAACCGUUUAUAAGAUCUAGGUUCUGCUUGCUCUUAUAUUUCGCUGCGGGACUUUGGAAAUCAUGGAAUUUUAGUGGGGUUUUUUUAGGGUUUUUGUUGGCUGGUGUAUAUUUCGGUUGACGUCAUCUGAAGAUCUUCCUUAGUCUUUAACGAUAUCCGCCGGCUUGUUGAUCAGGAUUUUGGGUUUUGGAGAUGGUUAUAGCAAGAUAUGGCUGAAUUGAAAUCAGAGGAGUGUUGUCUAGAGAACAAGCAAUCUACUGCUGCGUCUAACUCCUCUAUCUCUGAAGGCAGUGCCAGUGCUGUACACAAGUCCCCUGGGAGAUAUAGCCCCGCAUCAACAUCACCCUCCCAUCGGAGGACCACUGGCCCCAUCAGGCGUGCAAAGGGUGGCUGGACAGCCCAGGAGGAUGAGACAUUGAGGAAUGCUGUUGCAGCUUUCAAGGGCAAGAGUUGGAAGAAAAUAGCUGAAUAUUUUCCUGAUAGAUCAGAAGUGCAAUGUCUGCACAGAUGGCAAAAGGUUCUUAAUCCUGAGCUUGUUAAAGGCCCUUGGACUCCUGAGGAGGAUGACAAAAUUGUUGAACUGGUAUCAAAAUAUGGGCCAGCAAAAUGGUCUAUGAUAGCAAAAUCUUUGCCUGGUCGCAUUGGGAAACAGUGUCGAGAGCGAUGGCACAAUCAUCUUAAUCCUGAAAUAAAGAAGGAUGCCUGGACUUUGGAGGAAGAACUGGCCCUCAUGAAUGCUCAUCACAUGCAUGGGAACAAAUGGGCUGAAAUUGCUAAAGUUUUGCCUGGAAGGACUGAUAAUGCAAUAAAGAACCACUGGAAUAGUUCAUUAAAGAAAAAAUUAGAAUUUUAUUUAGCUACAGGAAAUCUUCCACCAAUCCAAAAGAACGGUGCUCAAGGUGGUGUGAAAGAUACAAUAAGACGCUCUUCUAGUAAAACAGUACAUGUAUGCUCAAAUAAAGUAUCAGAUACUGCCGCUGAGACAUCAUCAGAAAAUACAGAGAACACUAAAGAUGGCGGUGGAAAGAAUCAACUAGAGUCCUUGGCAACUGUGAGAGAGUUUGAUAAUUCUCUGAACGUUCCUGCAAAUGAAGGUGCUGAUUCUGACUUUGGAGAAUGGAGGCUCAGAUCAUCCAAUAUAGAUCUUGGCUGCAGCAACUCAGAACCAGUGUCAAGGGAUAAUUUUGGAUUGACCAGCGACCCAAAAUUUGAUAACACUGGACUAAAUGGCAAGCAUAAAGUUGGGAAUUGUGUGAAUAAUGGCGAAAUGAGAAGUAGCAGGCUAGUUGGUACAUCUUUUUCACAGGAUAGUCCAUCCUCUGGUUCUUUGUAUUAUGAGCCUCCAUUGUUGGAGAGCUCAGUUCCUUUAGAUUCCCUUUAUUUAAGUAUGUAUUGCCUGCAGAACGAGUACAAUGCUACUCAAGUAAUGUCACCUGUCGGUUUCUUCACCCCACCUUGUGUGAAGGGCAGUGAAUUAUGCACAGAGACUCCUGAAUCAAUAUUGAAAAUGGCUGCUAAAACUUUCCCAUAUACUCCUUCCAUAUUGAGGAAGAGAAAGAAUGGAGUCCAAGCACAUGUAACUCCUUGUAAAUUUGUGAAAGUGGAUGGUGGAUUUCAUACUUCUAAUGAACAGGAGGAAACCAAGAAUAAUUCUGGUUCUGGGUAUGGAGAGCUCUUUCAGAGUCCAGCAAGUGAUGACAUCCUCAAUAACAUGGCUUUCAAUGCUUCUCCCCCUUACUGGUUAAGAUUCAAGCGAAAAGCUUUUGUCAAGUCUGUGGAGAAACAACUUGAGUUUGCUUUUGAUAAAGAGAAGCAUGAUAGCAACAAAAUGGAAAAAUCUGCUAGGAGCACUGCAAUGGCUGGAGAUUGCUUACCUGAUACAAAAGUGGCAGUGACCUAGUGCAUUAAUUUAAGGGAUCAAAGCUGGAACCUGGAAGAAUCUUGUCAAAGGACAUCUUGCCAAUUUUGAAAAGCUAAUAUAGAAGAAUACAUGAAUCACUGUGACUUGCUAAUCCACGCGAAAGUUGGUUUGCAGGUGCACUCAAUAACUAGCCCGUGAGCAGAAUUAAGGAGCAGUAGGCGUCUGAUAUAUGCACAAUAAUAAAUUUUUAUAGGUUCCAUAAAGUUGUGGAUAUAUAUGUAGCAUAUUGACAGUACCAGAUUUGUACAGCAAGCCCCAUCUUAGAAAGAGGAAAUGUUUUGAAAUUUUAUGAA